AUGCUUUCAGUGUAUCCUGGUAUGAGCUUUGAUUUCUUUUCGUCGCAGGCAGCAGCAGCAGCAACCAAUGCUGGCACUUCACCUUAUCCACGACAAUCGAAUGCAGCAGCAGCAGCAGCAGUCACCGCUUGCGGUAAUAGCAGCAGCAGCAGCAAUAGCACCAACGACUCGUUUGAAUAUUGGAUGGGUAACACCAUGGUUGAUAUGACAUCGGCUGGUCCAAUGUCAUCCAAUUCAUGGCCUGAAAUCCCAAUGCCAGCAGCAGCAGCAGCCUCGACUCCUUCGUACCCUUGUGCCCGUACGCUUGCGUCGGGUACAGGUAUCACGUCUGCAUCCUAUCCACCACCACCACCACCCUGUUCAUCCUCAUCACCCAUGGUAUCCGGCUUGCCUGUUGAUCCAUGUGUGUAUGAUAGUACUUCAGCAGCUGCAAUGGCAGCAGCAGCCAUGGCCGCUGUUACUGUACCCCAACAACAACAACAACACACCGCUAUUCUAAGCCCGAAUUUCCAACAAGGAUAUCCUUACUUGUAUUCAGGAUCUCCUGUGUCGACCGAUGAGCCCAUGUACAACAGCAGCAAUAGUAAUCAUAAUCAUAGUCGUGCUGGUUUGACACCGCCUUCCUAUUAUUAUUCGCCUACGAUUUCUGCUGUACCGUAUCCCACCUCUUCAACGACAUUUAUGCAAUCACGACGUGGUGGUAGUGGACGACGUGCUUCGAUGCAUAGUUGUUCUCGAUCAUCCUCGCCUUUAUCAUCCACCUCGUCAGCAUCUUCGUCCCCUGAUGUGUUUUCCAGUAGUAAUAGCAGCAGCAGCCCUGCCGUUUAUUACAAUAGUCAACAACCUUUGAUGGCCACGUUCAACACAAAGGCCACUUCAUCUACCCCCAAACGAUACAAAUGCACCGUAUGCGGCAAAAAGUUCACUCGUCCAAGCUCUUUGAAUACACACAUGUAUAGUCAUACUGGCGAGAAACCCUUCAAGUGUCCAGUGGAGGGAUGCGGUCGACAUUUCUCGGUCGUAAGCAACUUGCGUCGUCAUGCAAAGAUUCACAGCAACCCCACCCCAACCACAAAUACUCCAUCGUCGUCCUCUUCUUCAUGA